CGGAUCCAGUUACAAAGUCGACAUCUUCAUUUGGUGGACUUGCACUGAGAGACAGGAGACAUCGAAGGACACGUGCUCGUCUCCAUCCAAAGACACCAUCUGUCCUGCAAAAACCAUAAUGUCAAAAAUAGACGCCCCUCCACCCUAUGAGGACGCACUGCAGCACCCUAAAUAUGAGAACUACCCCCAGCAGCCACAACAGAGCUCCACUGUUCCACCACCGCCAGCUUACAGUCCCAGUCCCGGCACGUAUCCCGGACAGCCAGGCUACUGGGGCCAGCAGGGCGCCUACCCUCAAUCUGCCAUGUGGGCUGCACCUGGAUUCUCUCCAUCUGGGAUGCUGCCCAUAAUUCCGACUCUGUCAGCUGAAGUGCCAGCAUCCAGCCCAGGAGACAUGGAGGACUUCCUGAGCACGCAGUGGGAGAGCACAUCGAUCCGUCAUGCCUUCAUCAGAAAGGUUUACUUAAUUCUAGCAGCUCAGCUGACUGUGACCUUCUCAGUUGUUGCCGUCUUUACAUUUGUUGAACCGGUGAAGACGUUUGUCAUCAGAUACCCCGGCGUCUACUGGGCAUCUUUUGUGGUUUACUUUUUGGUGUACUGCAUUCUGAUCUGCUGCAAAGGGCCAAGGAGACGUUUUCCAUGGAAUUUCAUUCUGCUGGCAGUAUUUACUGUUGCACUGUCUUACAUGACCGGAGCAAUUUCAAGCUAUUAUGAGACAAAAGCAGUGUUUCUCGCCAUGGGAAUAACCGCAGUGGUUUGCGUAGCUGUGACAAUCUUCUGCUUCCAAACGAAGGUGGAUUUCACCUCCUGCGGGGGAGUUCUCUGUAUUUUCUCUGUUGUGCUGGUGAUCAUUGGGAUUGUUACAGCCAUCGUCCUCUCCUUUCAAUAUGUUCCAUGGCUCCACAUGCUCUAUGCUGCAAUUGGAGCCAUUGUUUACACUCUGUUUUUAGUGUACAACACGCAGCUUCUCAUUGGAAACCGGGAGGUGGCUAUCAGUCCAGAGGAAUACAUCUACGGCACGCUGGCUCUCUACGUUGACAUUGUUCAUAUCUUCCUCUUCAUCCUUGAAGUCAGUGGAACUGCCAUGGAAUAACAUUUCAUUUGCUACAACUUUGGACAUACAUUAUGCUUCUGGAAUAAAACACAAUAAGUGAGAACCUAGAAAAUUACAA